UCUAACUCGCCGUACGUUCCAACGUGUUAGACAAUUUUAUACAACAUACGUUGACGACCACUGUGUUAAAACGAUAAUAAGCAAUGUUCUUCGUUUAUCUCCUCAUUGGCGCCUUCGUCGCGCUCGGCGCCUGGCUCUACCGUAACUACACCACGCUGUCCCACCAUGGCAUAAAGCAUGGCCCCUUUGUCCCGCUGCUGGGAGACAUGGCCGGCGUGACGUUCUUGAAGGAACACGUGACUGAUGUCAUCAUGCGCGCGUAUGACAGCUUCCCUAAGGAGAGGCUGGUGGGUCGCUACGAGUUCCUGACUCCCUACAUCAUAGUGAAGGACCCUGAACUCUUGAAAAAGAUCACCGUCAAAGACUUCGACCACUUCGUCGACCGAAGAAUCAUUGUCGACGCCAAGGCUGAACCUAUGUUUGGCAGAAAUCUUGUUUCUUUGAGAGGUGAUGAAUGGAAAGACAUGCGUUCUGCCCUCAGCCCAGCUUUCACCAGCUCCAAGAUCCGACUGAUGGUACCAUUCAUGGUACAAGUCGGGGACCAGAUGAUAAGGGCCCUAAAGACUAAGAUUGAACAGUCUAAAGUUGACUACAUCGAUCUUGAGGCUAAAGAUUUGACAACGCGCUACGCCAACGAUGUGAUAGCCACCUGCGCCUUCGGCCUCGACGUCAACUCGCAACAUGAAGAGAACGAGUUCUACAAAAUGAGCAAGGAACUCACAGCCUUAACUUUCGAAACUAAGAUGAGGUUUCUGGGAUACAGGAUUGUGCCCUGGAUUAUGUCUGCGUUUCAGUUGGCAGUAUUUCCCAAGAAGGUGUCAGAUUUCUUCUCAAAUGUAGUACUUGGAGCCAUGAAACAACGAGAGGAGCAGCACAUCCACCGCCCUGACAUGAUUCAUCUUCUGAUGGAAGCCAAGAAAGGAAGACUAUCGCAUGACACAAAAAACACAAAAGAUGACCACGCCGGGUUUGCUACAGUCGAGGAGUCCGAUUUUGGCAAAGUUAAAAACAAAACUGUGUGGUCCGACAUAGACCUGGUGGCCCAGGCGGUGAUCUUCCUCUUCGCCGGCUACGACACCGUCUCCACGACUAUGUCGUUCCUUCUCUACGAGCUGGCUGUUAACCCUGACUGCCAGGAAAAGCUGUUGCAGGAGAUCAACGAGAAUGAGACGAAAAACGACGGGAAGUUGGACUAUAAUUCGGUGCAGCAUAUGACGUAUUUGGAUCAGGUCAUAUCAGAGGUUCUUCGUAAAUGGCCAGGAGCUCCAGUAGUGGACCGGGUAUGUGUCAAAGACUACAACCUGGGUAAACCCAACGACAAAGCUACCAAAGAUGUUAUCCUCCGCAAAGGAGAAGCAGUACAAAUACUGACGUGGGCGUACCAUCGCGACCCCAAAUACUUCCCCGACCCUGAAAAGUUCGACCCUGAGCGCUUCUCCGAAGAGAACAAGCACAAAAUCGAUCCUUUUGUCUACAUGCCCUUCGGAUUGGGGCCUAGGAACUGCAUUGGAUCAAGAUUUGCCCUAUGCGAGGUAAAGGUGAUGGCGUAUCAACUGCUACUUCAUAUGGAGGUGAUGCCCUGCGAAAAGAGUAUAGUCCCGAUCUCUCUGAAUAUCAAAGAUGGCUUCCGCAUGUCGGUGACUGGAAACAACUGGCUUAGGUUUAGGCUACGCAAGAUUUGAGCGGAUCAACAUACUGAGAUGCAUAUAAAGUGAUCCUAUUAUGACUCAUAAAGUAUCUAUAUCUAGUAUAAAAUGUACUUGUGAGUUUGACAGCUGAAGUAGAUGGUGCCGUACGGUAAAUUAUGUUAUAAUUUAAAUCAUUUCAACUGAGCUCAUUCACUUACCUGUACUUACAAUGGCAUUGUAUUAUUACAAUACUAUUAUCUGCUUUUGUUCUCGUAACCGCCAACCGUUUACUUACAAAAUAAGUUAGAAGUACAUUGCAUGUAUAUUGAAUUUUUAACCUUAUUCCUUAUUGAAUGAAUGGUCUAAAAAGAUAAUAUCAUAUUCAAUCUUUUGUGAAAUCAUAUCCACAUAUUCGUUUUGAGUGUCGACGGUUGUAAAAUGCAAAAAAAGUUAUGUUAGCCAUUAUUUAGUUAGUGUAUUUUGUAGGCUAUUGUUAAAAAAUAGUGUCGUUUAUCUAUACUAACAUUUCAAGGCGGUUAUAAUCUGCUUUUACUACGAGGAUGUUAUUCUAAUUUGUGGUUUACCACUCAAUGGUAUUGUAUUUUUAAGACUCUUUGAGUAAACAACCUCAA